AAUGUCCAUGUGUACGUACGUGUGCGGUGUGUCUGCGGUUUCUUUACAUUUGAGUGGUUUUCAAUGCACAUUUUUUUCGUGAUGAAUAGAAAGUCGAUAUGCCCGAAGGACGGCUAUGGAUAACUGCAAACGUGUCACAAUUUCGGACGAGCGUGUGGUGACUGUAGUGUUUCAUGGUGGAUUUUCCCGGUGAGAAUUAUUAAACAUCCUUGAGCGAUAUCUCGUCAAGUUAAGUCCGUCACAUCACUAACUGACUGUGUCACUAGACAAGCGAUUGUCAACAUGCGUAGCCGACAGUGCAACAAGUUGGCGUCCGUUUGUUUAGUUCUGGUUGUUUUUGCCACGGGAAUGUUGUGCGGAAUUUACUACGAAUCGGUAUCCGCUAACACGCACGCUGGGGUCCGUGCUGCCGAAACGAGGAAUGUAAACGGAGCUGCACCUGACGGCCAAGUGGACUCGAAUCAACAGAUCAAAACACAACCAGGAAAGGACAACAUCAACGCCAACAGACAUGUGGACGACGCAAACACCAAGCUGAAGUUGAAUAAACCAAUUAGAACUGAGAACCAAAAUAUCCAUGGAAAGACAGGGGAGGAAAACAUACUGAGACGGGGUGAUGUUGUGCAGCAUGAUGCAGGCAACGUGAAUGGAGGAAGACGUGUCGAUGAUGUUGAUAAACACCAUGCAUUUAUCAACAGGAAAGAGUUUGGGCAUCCCAUACGUCUUAUGCCGAAUGCACCAGUGCCUCCACAAGCCAAUAAGCAGGCUGGCCAAGCCAGUAUGGACUUGCGGCAACAGCAACAACUAAACCAGCCACAGCUGCAGCAACCACAACAGCAGCAGCAAUUAAACCAGUUAAACCAACAGGCACAGCAGCAACAACACCAGCAGCAACAGUUUGCACAGCAAGGACGUGUACCACAGCAGCAACAGCAAUCAUUUCAGCAGCAGCAACAAAAUGCACAACAGCAGCAAGUGCCACACCAGCAACCGCAGCAUUGGCAACAACAACAGCAGCAGCCAAAUAUCCAAGCAGCCAAUCAGAAGCCACAACCCAACAUCCCAGCGGCCAAUCAGCACGUAGCCCAACCAGCGCCCAUGCCUGCAGCAGCCAUGCCCGGUGUCAAGCCUGCAGUUGCUGUUCAAGAUUCAAGUGAACCAUUACCGAAAGUCGACGGCAAAAUUGUGAUAUCUGUUGUGGUAUGCGGAGACCGAACUGACGAAGCAUUAAUGAUGGUGAAAUCUGCAGCCAUACUUACUCCAUCGCCAGUACACUUUCACAUAUUUGCUGAGGAGGAUUUACAGGCUAACAUCAGUGCAAAACUGAAAUCAUGGCCCCAGCCUUACAGUACCAAAAUAACCUUUGACCUCCACAACAUCGCUUUCCCGCCUGGUGAAAAUGCCGCAGAAUGGAAGAAAAUGUUUAAGAAGUGUGCAACCCAGCGACUCUUUUUGCCUGACCUGCUGCUGGAUACAGACGCACUGUUAUACGUAGACACGGACAUUUUGUUCACCAAGCCACUGGAAUACAUCUGGAGUUUCUUCAAAAAGUUCAACAGUACCCAACUAGCAGCCCUGACCCCUGAACACGAAGUCACCAACAUUGGAUGGUACAAUCGAUUCGCUAGACACCCGUUUUACGGUCCGACCGGGCUAAACUCGGGCGUCAUGCUUAUGAAUUUAACCAGGAUGAGAAAGUUUGGGUGGUCGGCCAAGAUACUCCCGAUCUUCCGAGAGUACAAGUUGAAAACGACGUGGGGGGACCAGGAUUUGCUGAAUAUUUUAUUUCAUUUUCAUCCCGAGUUAGUUUACGUUUACCAGUGCGAGUGGAACAUUCGACCCGAUCAUUGCAUGUAUUCACUGAAUUGCCAUCGCAUUGAGAAAGAAGGAAUAGCCGUGAUACACGGAAACAGAGGUGUUUAUCAUAACGAGAAACAACUCCCUUUCCGCGUCAUCUAUGAGGCUUUCCAAAAUUACCAAUUUGGGACGGAUUUAUAUUCUGGACUUGUGCAACCGUUAAAACAACGUUUCACCCAACCCGAUGUGGCCAGUAUGUAUUGCACUAAAGGCUUGCAACAUCCACUGAUUGCAACGCUGCAGAAAUAUUGCAGACAUUAACAGUAAAUAUAUCUCUGAAGUUAAAAAAAAAAAGUACUUAAAACUUCACUUUUGGACAUUUUGUGUACAAAUUUGUUUUUUUGUUAACUCCAAUUUGUGGAAGUAUAUUUGAUCAUAUUUAUGCCUUAGAUCAGGCAAAGAUGGUUGUGAUAAUUUUGCUUUUUAAUGUUUAUUUUAUGAUCUUGUAAUCAAAACGUCCAUUGUAACCUAAAAUGCUGUUACCAAUUUAAAUGUGAAAAACUGGAAUGGUUACAUUUUAUUUGAGAAAAAAAAAUAUUUUUUUAAAUGUUAGUAGCUGCAAGUAAAUUGUGAAUUAGCCAUCAAAGUGAAAAACAUCUUGUUACAAAGAAAAAGCAGUUUUAGUAACCGGGAAAAAUAUGAAGUGCCGUUUUUUCCUAAUUAUUUCCGAAUCAAAGUCUGUGACCUUCUUCAGUACAUAAAUACUUGUUAUAUAGGCCUACUCAGUUUGUGCAUAAUGUGGAAGGUUGUAAAAAUUUAUCAUCCCACUUUUUGGAAAUUAUAUCGGAGGAAAAAAAAUAGAAUAUACUUGUAAUUGUAGAUUAUACACAUUGCCAAGUUGACAGAGCUGUAGUGACUGUAGUUUGUAUUUUGUAUUUUUCAAUUUUAAAAACUGAUAUUAAAAGAAGUAUCAAAAGUGUGAUCCACACAUGUCCAAGCAAAAAUGACAUGUAGAGAGGGGCAAUAAUUUCCUUGUUUAAAAAAAGUAGAUAAGUGAAUUAAGUGACGUGUACCUUACUUUCUUUUAGUUCUUGGUAUUUAAAAGGAAAAAUUGACAGUAAUUACGAUUGUCUAAGCGCAACAUUUCAGUAUACCUGUACUGUAACAUAAUACAUUUGUAUUUAUCACAUAAGACUUGUAAACAGAUAACGAGAGAUUUGUCUUUCAAAAAAAAAUAUUCGUAAGAAAUGUGAUUUGAAUUAAGAGAAACAAUUGAGCUCACUGAUUUCAUAGAAUUAAUUUGCUUUUAUUAGUCAUUUUAGAGCAGGCCUUAGUGUAGAAGUCAUUAGACUCACUUAAAAACACCUUGCAAACAGCUUUUAAUUUAAAUGUUAUUGUUUACGCAGUGGAAUAUAUUCUACAUGUAUCUAUAAAACAGUCUGAGUUUUUUAUUCACUGAAAAAGAAAGUAUUUUUUUAUGUUAAAAAUUACAAAAAAAGUAAAGGUUUUUGUGCAUUUCUAUUCAUUGAAUCAUUUUUGUCUUUCUGGACUGUGUGAUCAGAAUGAACCCAGCAUCAUGCCUGGAUUAUUAUUUGGGAGGAUUUUGUAGGACUGAGGAAGGCAUAGCAAAACCACUAUUUCUUUGAAUGGUGCCUGAUUCCCUUUAAAGCUGAAGGGUUCACUAAGUUUCCUAGUACAAAAUUCCAAAGGAGUUAGGAUUAAUGUUAAUUGCUUGUGUGUGCAUGCAGCAUUCAAGCAUAACAUGUAUGUUUUGAACACAUGUGAAAAAGAUGAUUGAUCAUGUGUAUGCAUAUGCCUAGUUGGUUUGUUUAAGCAAUGCCAUUCCCAAAUGACAUAAAUACUAAUUUCUAUAUUUUAUAGCAAAUAAUGCAAACAUUGUAUAACUGUUGUCUUUCACAUAUAUCUUUAUUUGAUAUGCUUUAACUUAGAGACACACACGUGUUGUUUAUAUUUUCUGUGCAUGUAUGUUACACUAAAAACAAUUGUUACUUUUUUCAGAAGUGACCUUAGAGAAAUAUAUGCUAUAGACUAAGGAAGGCAGAAAAAUAUAGGGGGGGGGGAAUUAAAAAUGUCCAGAAUUUGAUUUUUAGCUGAUUUCAAGAGAAAUUCAAUCAAGUUCCAUCCUUUUUUAGAGGAUGUCUUUCAAUACUAUGUAAAACAUAAUUUCAUAAAACCUUAUGGUAGAUCUGUUUUAAUAAUAUGUUUUGUUCUCUUUGACCAAAUUAAAAAACCAAAAAUUUAUAUCCUAUCUAUGUUUCAAAAUCUGCUUUCAAUAUCAAGUCUUUAAUGUCCAGGAAUUCCAUUCCGAUUCAUUGAAUUUUCUGAGCAGAUGGUUUUUGUUAAAUGACAUUCUCGUGGCUGUUAUGAACACGCCCCCAAAAGAACCAAUUUUAUUUUAUUGAACAUUUGGAGAUUUGCCAACAAAAGCAUUGUUCACGAUUUUAUUUUAAGAUAUCAGAAUAAAGGAGAACCUACAUGUAGCAGUA